GGAGGCAAGGCAAGCAUUACCAAUGUGCGAAAAACCACAGAAUUUGGAUUUGCCGCAGCCGAAGCAACCGACUAAACCCUCUGACGUACUUACUGCUCAACCCAUCUGAUCUUAUUAGCUCGUGCCAAUGCCGUGAAUCUCAAAUCGCUUCCACAUCAGGUCAGGCUCAGCUGCGCACCGCCACUGUAGACGGAGAGAAAAGAUGGCGGAUUGGGGGCCGGUGUUCGUUGCGGUGGUGCUGUUUGUGCUGCUGACGCCGGGUCUGCUCAUUCAGCUACCGGGGCGCAACCGCUUCGUUGAGUUCGGGAACUUCCAGACGAGUGGCCUUUCGAUUCUGGUUCACGCCAUUCUUUAUUUUGCUCUCAUCUGUAUAUUCCUUUUAGCAAUCGGUGUUCAUAUUUGCAAUUCAUAUACUGAUGCUAUGGCGGACUGGGGCCCGGUGCUUAUCGGAGUGGUGCUCUUCGUUCUCUUGCAGCCAGGCUUGCUAUUUCAGAUCCCUGGGAACAACAGGCAGGUCGAGUUUGGGAGCAUGAAGACCAAUGGCAAGGCAAUCGCCAUCCACACCCUCAUCUUCUUCGCUCUCUAUGCUAUUUUGAUCCUCGCCGUCCAAAUCCACAUCUAUACUGGCUGAUGAUUGGGAUCCAACUCUACUCUACUCUACUCAUUGUGUUGUAGCUUAUAAACUGCGAUGGCAUUUCAGUUUCCGAACUUCCCUUUUUGCUUCAUUUACUGGGUUCUAAUUUAGCCCUAGUUUCUGUAUUCCAUGGGUAUCUUCUGUUUAUGAAAGAAAUUUGUUAAAAGUUUUUUA